ACCAAAAAGAAAUCCCCAAGGGAGCAUCUGUUGUUAUUAGGAUUGGUGUGAAACGCGAGUUCACAACAAAAUCUUCACAUUAAAGGUUGGGUUGAAAGACAACAUUAAAGGCACUACUAUUCAUCCCACUUGCUUAUCACCUGGAAAACGUCACUACGCCCACCCGCAGUAAGAUAUCUUCAAAGAACGCCGGAUAUUUUCGAUCGUCAUAGAUCUCUUUACUAAGGGAAGCGAAAACUUGGCUUGCUAUAACCCAGUCUCACGCGGCGUCUCUUGCUUAAAGUUUAACCCCACCAGGCUGCUGGCCAUCACUCUUCGGAUUCCCAGCCCAGCUGGGCUGUUCGGCAAAAACUCUACUAACAGCAGGGUCGCCACGAACGUCGCGAUCGCCCAGGACCCGCAUGCUAAACGGGAGUAAGCCCCCUUGCCUUGCUCCGCGAACUUUUUAACAUCCUUCCGGCAUCGUCCUAGGAGUCUGCGCAUGACAAGGGGCGGGAGGAAGGCAAGGGUUUCUAUGGCACCAGCCGACAAACAGGAGUCGGUCCAGCCCGGGAGUUCUUUUUCCCACCGAGUCGCAACUGCAGGUUCCCCUUUCGAGAAAGAGGUGUCGGUGAUGUAGGGACUACGUAGACAAAUCUCUGCAGUUUUCUUGACAAGUAGUUUGCCAUUGUCUUCCUCCUAGGGCUUGAGAGAGAGUGACUGGCUCAUGGUUACCUAGCUGGCUUGGUGCCUAAGGCAGCUCUAGAAGUCAAGUGAGAUGAACUCCAUCAAUUCAUUUGAAGCUGAGUACAUAAAGAAUUUGCAAAAACAAAUCUGCUUACUAGAAUAUGAGACGACUUAUCUUAGAGAGAAGGCUAAGAAGGCUACACACAUCCCACCUAAAGUUACUAGAAAAGCCACAAAGCUGUUGCAGACACUGAAGGAACUGGAAGCCACCAUAAACAGAACAGAAAUAGAUAUAGCAAAGAAAGAAAAUAGCACCAAACAUGUUGAAACUGAAACUCAAGCAAUACACAAACGUCUUCAAGUACUGUCUGAUGCAAGUUCUAAAGAAAAGCUGCUAUUAAUGGAGGAGGUUACGAAACUGAAGAAAAUGCUUGAACACUCUACCCAGGAUAUUUCACACAAAGAAGCAGAACUGCUAAAAAUUCAGAGAGAAAUGCAAGAGACUGUGAAUUCAGUGAAAGAAAAAGAACAUGCUGUCUGUCUUUUGGAAUCAAAAUGUCAGCAGAAGAUUUGGCAGUACCAAGACAUGGAAAAAAACCUUUCAGAACUCAGAUCACAGUGCACACAACUGCAAGCAUUGCUUUACCGCUUAGAAGAGAAAUUAUCAACGAGGUCCCAAUCUGCACAAGAGACUAUUGUUAAGGAACUUAGUGAGGAAGCUGAAAAAUUAAGGCAGAUACUCAAGGAAAAUAAGCUUUCGGCUGAUGAAGAUAAGUAUUUACUCAACAAGAUGGCAGAAGAUUGUGGACAUCUGACAAAAGAAAAUAGUCUUUUACAUGCUCAAAUACAGAAAGCUACUAAGCAUCUAAACCAGGAAAGGCAGCUGAGAGAGGAGGAAACUACUUCCUAUUCAAGAAAAGUGUCUGAGCUAACAUCAGGAAGAGAGAAAACAUGGCAACUGAAGCGGAAACUCACCCACUUGAAGACUCUGUUACAAAACCUAAGACAGAAAGUUCUUAAAGCUCAGGAACAGUUACUUCAUCUACAAGAAAAAAAAUCUACAGAUCACAAAAGGCAACAUCUUCAUACACAACUAAUUGAUUUAGAAAAUCAACACAUCAAAGUGCAACUGGAAAAUUCUAAACUAAGAACAGAGAAAAAUCAUUGGGUGGAACAUAUUUCUCAAAUACACAAACAGAUUGCUGAAAACCACAAUGAAAUCAGUUUUCUGCAUAGCCAUGUUUAUAACUUGUCGUGUGAUCUCAACAAUUUGAAAUCUGAAGUCAAUAUGGCCUCUAUUCCACAGAAGGGGAAAGUGAUCACCAAUACAUUAACAACAAAUUGUAGUUCAAUGAACUAAGUUAAAAAGUAAUUAAUUUUCGCUUAUAUAAAUAUCAUUCUUUGAAAAGUUUCUUUAAAUUAAGUUGUUGUAUUUUAUACAUGGAACUAUUUUUUUUUAAUGACUUAGAGAAAUAUCUGAAGAUAAACUAUAUAUUUUUUUGCUUUAGAUAAUAUUUCAAGUAUUUGUAUAUUCUCAAGAUAUUAAAUAUUAAUUUCAAGGUACUUUUAAUACUUUUCUCAUUAUUAAUGUAUCAAAUUCACACAUGAAAUUGUCACAAAUUAGUACCAGUGAAAAAAUAGGGCUUGCAUGGUACUCUUUUUGACAUUAUUAUGUUCAGCAUACAACAAAACUGUGUAAUGUUUUCAUGAUCAUCUCAAAGAGCAAAUAAAUUACCUUUUUAAACUCAGAAUUCUUUCUGUAUUCUACUUCUAUAAAGGAUCUGAUUCAUCAACUCUUCACAAUAUCUCUAAUGGUUAGUGCCAUCUGAAUCAUCCCAUUGAGCAGACAUUGAGUACAAAUUAACCCAAUUAUAAAGAGGGGAAAUCUAACCACAAAAGUACAUGGAAUGUACAAACUUACAGCACAGCAUUACGAAGAGAAGAGCUUAGUGCCAUGUUGCUGUUGUACAUGUUCUACACAAUUCUCUCUACAGCACCAAUUCAGUAGAGAAUCUAUUACUUAGGAUAGCCAUGCAAAUCAUUUGAAAGGACACUUCAAUUCCCACAACUUUGCUAGCAGGACUAUAUCAUGCUAAAGAUUCUGUUUGACUGCUUCAAAGAUCUUCUCCUGUCUCCUGUUUCAGAUGAUCGUUUUUGCACACAAAUGUAUGAACUGUCAAACUGAGAAAAGGUUUAUAUUAAAUCAUUGCGUUUUACACUUCUGUUUACUUGGCAAGUUGCUAUGAUUUUCUAUGCCCCAGCUCCAAUUAAUUGCCUAGCCCUACUACUCCUUUUAGCAGUUCUACUUGGUCUCUCUGUUAAUGAACAAAAUAUACAUGAUUAUGAAUAUGUCAAAAUCUAGAAUGCAGAAAUUAAGACUGCUGUUUUGGAUGCAUAUUAAGAGUUCCCAGGUUUUUCUUAGAGAGAAAACACCAUUUGCAAGAAAAGAUAGUGAACCAUGAUUCAGAAUGUUCAAUUUAACAAUACUUAGCGCAGUGUGCAUAUCCAGUUAGAUGGAGCUGGUGGAUUUUAUCGUAUAUUUCUGCAUAAAUAGAACAGUACCAUGCUCUAUUGGGUGCUAAAACAAUACACAUAUAUACAAAAAGUAUUUAAUAUAUUUUAAAAUGUUAUAAAUCCCUGCAGACAUAUAUAUAGGAAAAUUAAAAUUCAAAGGGGCUUAUAUAAACUAAUUUGAUUGAAAAAAUAAGUAACCAGGCUAAGCAAAGCAAAUAUAUUACCAUAAUGCCAUAAUUCUUCUAAAGCUAUAAACAAAGUCCAGAGCUAAACUAAGGCACAUACCCUUAGGAGAGGGAGACUGAGAGUUACCAUCUACAUUAUUUCUUGCAGUUUCUUAAAUUGUAGGCAGUAGCUUAAAUAUAUAAAUAAAUUUUAAACUAUGGACUUUAUUCUUUUUAUUAUGCUUCACAUAUUUACACGCAUCUUUUUAAAUUACUAUAUUUUGCUUUAGUUAUGUACAUUUACAUACCAUAACAGUGUAUUUAGGAAAUAAAGCUUGCUUAAAUAAACAUGCUUCUUGCCUGAAGCUAUUUUGGAAAAUUGCUUAAUAGUAGUAUAGCUAACUGUCCAAAUCCAUCUUAAAUAAAGGUACUAGAUGGAUUGGUUUUUAAUAGCUGUGCAAAAUGUAUACCCCAGAAAUCUAAGCCAAUUUGAGGACUGAUGUAGAAGUUAGGAUUCAACAAUAACUGAUUCUUAAUCUCUGGUUUAUAAAGAACUUUUUCCAAAAUACAAAUGACCAACACUUUUUUUCCCAAUUAGUCAUAACCAAUAAAAAGAUCAGUGUAGAGGCAACUGCCAUGGGGUGUCAGUUGUUUAAAUUCAACAGUUUUCUUUGAUAAAAUAAUUUUGACAAUGCUUAUGUUUUGUUAAAGGAAUAGCCAAAAUGUCACACUUAGGAUGCAAUUUUAAAAAAAAGUCUGACUAGAGAUGCAAAAUGCACAAUUAUUUAUCCAAAGCCAACAAAAAUCCUGAAUAUAUCCACAGGUUUUUUUAAAAGAUAACCCGAACAAAUCACAACAAUUCUGUAGUGUACCAAGUGUAUAUUUCAAUUUACUGUAUUUAAUCUAACAACAGAUUUGGUCAUAAUUUACCAGAUAUACACAAAUGAUUUAAGUAGCAAAAGGAGAUUCGGUUUCAAGAGAGUAAGUAAAAUACAUUAAGAAUGUAAAGCCAGGUCCAGUUUAAGCAUUAAGUGAAUAGUAUGUUAUAAUAAAGCAGAUUUAGGUGAUUUUCGGACAAGAUAGGUAGAUCAAUUGUAAACUAUUUUAUG